AUGAGCACAGCAAAACGAUCACGGGCAAGGCAAGCAGAGGCAGGAGCCGCACCCUCGCUGCCCCCAUCGAAAAAGGCAAAGACUUCACAGCAGGCUAGCUCUGGACUGGCCUUCCUGACCGACGAGAAUCAACGAGCUGGAAAGAAGCUGCGCGCAAACUACACCAAUGGCAUCAAAGACUCAAGAGCAGAACGUGUCGACGAGUCCAAGGCUCAAGUCGAACAACACGAGGCAGAGGCACCAGAGGUAGUCGAGAUUUCGAGUGGAGACGAAUCGAGCGUAUACAAUAGCUCCGACGACGAGGCCGAUGACAACAAGCCCAUCACCAACGGCCACCACGAUGCCGACGCUGUCAUGGCUGAUGCCGAUGAGGAUAUGGAAGAUGGCGCAGAAGGCCAGUCGUUUGGCGACAUGCUGCAGGCAGCGCAUCCCGAGACGAUCGAUGUCCAGUCCGCCUUCGCCGACCGUGAAGAAGGCACCCAAGCUCUCGUACCCGUGAACCAGGACCGCUCUCUCGCCCUCCCUACAGCCACCUCUCUCGGAACCGUCCUUACCCAAGCUCUGCGCACCAACGACCGCGACCUCCUCGAGACUUGUUUCCAGAUGACCGACCUCCCCAGUAUUCGUUCGACCAUCCAGAGACUGCAAUCGCCGCUUGUCGCUUCCCUCCUCCAACGCUUGGCUGAAAGACUACACAAACGCCCUGGUCGUGCUGGAAACCUCAUGGUCUGGGUUCAAUGGUCGCUAGUCUCGCACGGUGGCUACCUUGCCAGUCAGCCCGAUGUUCUCAAGAAGCUCAAGACUUUGUCGCGUGUCAUCAAGGAGCGUGCCAACGGUCUCCAGUCUCUCGUCACACUCAAGGGCAAGCUUGACAUGCUCAAUGCUCAAAUCGAGCUCCGCAAGAGCGUUCAAGAGACAAGAGAUGGAAGAUUCGACGAUGGCGACAACGUGGACGACGAUGUCAUCUACGUCGAGGGUCAAGACGAUCUAUCAUCCGACGACGAGAACGACCUCAUCAGCAACGCUGGCGACCUCUCCAUGGUCAACGGCGCCGACCAAGCGUCAUCCGACGUUGAGGAAGAAGAGGCCGAAGAAGGCAUGUUCGAUGAGGAAGCUGAGGAGACUUCUGAUGACGAGGGUGAAGAGCUUUCUGACGAGGACGAGGAGAGCGACGAGGUUGAGGAGGAAGAGGACGACGAAUCAUCCGACGAUGACGAGGCCCCAGCACCUGUCGUCAAGCCCUCAAGGACACAGCAACGCGCCGCCGGACGAAGAAAAUAA